AUGGGGUCUACACAACCGGCAGGGUCUUCAGGCCCGUCAUCCAACAUUAACUCUCCGAUAAUAGCGCCAGGAACAGCUCCUUUCCUCAAUGGUGUAACUGCAGAUGUGAGAUCCUCCCCGGCACCUCCCAGUAAUGCAUCAGUGCAAGCCGAUAGCACGAGAUCAAAGCGCAACAAACGGGAUAGUCGGAAAAAGAGAGAGGCCAAGGGCCUUGAUCAGGAAACCGUCCAGCCCAAAAAGAAAGCCGCCCUGGCUCAGCAUACCGCUGUCCCCAGCUCUGAAAUCAGCAUUCUUCGACCCAUCUUGCUUGCGGAACCCAGAGCUUCGGAUUUGUUACCACCACAGCCACGUCAACUGAACUUUGUGACCCGUAAAACAUCCGAUAUAAUCGGUCAAAGUUGGGAUUUCUACGAGGUCGUUGACAAACUCACUAACAAAAACGGAUUCCGCUAUAGCUAUGCCAUAGCCGACCCGAGCUUUUCACAUAUCAAAUACCGCCAAACCGACGUGCCGCCUUAUCAUGCCCGUUUCAGCUUUGAGGAUUCACCCGCAGCAAUUUUCUUUAGUGAAGAUGCCCGUGCAGUCACAACAAGCAAUCCUUGGCACACCGCACGUGCCAAUGUUUGUGUGCGUGAGGGGACAUACUAUUACGAGGCUCGCGUUAUCAGCGGAAUCCUGAACGAACAAUCUAUACCUACCAAUGGCACUUCUUUUAGCCCGUCAAGAGGCCAUGUCCGUCUUGGAUUUGCUCGGCGAGAGGCUGACUUGGAUGCAAACGUUGGCGUCGACUGUUACGGUUAUGGGAUCCGUGACGUGAAUGGCGAAGUGGUCAACAGAAUGCGCUGCGAGUACUUCUUUCCGAAGGGCGAAUCGAUUCGCGAGGGGGAUGUUUUGGGUAUGCUCAUCACGCUUCCGCCAUUAUCCCUUCAUAAAAAGGUCGUCGAGGGGACCUAUGACCCUACCAUCGAUGGGGACGGCUCAACGCCUGCACCAAAGUCUCAUACAACUAUGAAUAUCAUCAGAGAUCGCAUUCCCUUUCACUACAAAUCCGAUUUCUGCUGGCAACAAUCCAAUAUAUUCUCCACAAAGCAUUUACGAGAUUAUGCAUUUAACCUCAAGGAAACCCCUACUUUUGGGCCACCAUCACCUUUCAAUAGCGAGGAUCCCUCUUUGCGCACGCUGCCAGGUUCGAGCAUUACGAUCUUCAAGAAUGGUGUGAAGAUGGGCGCACCAUUCAAACAAUUGUAUGGUUUUCUACCACCGGCCAGUAGGCUCGCAAAUGGCACCAAUAAUUUAGGUAUUGGCGAGCGAGAGAAUGCUGACGAUGGUAUGCUUGGCUAUUAUCCUGCUGUCAGUUGCUAUGGUGGCGGCGCUGUUGAAUGUCGCUUCGAAGGCCCCUGGUGGGUUGGACCACCGUCUCAGGCAGAUAACGGUGGGCCAGUGCGGGGAAUAGGCGAGCGAUUCGAUGAGCAAAUAGUGGAAGAUGUCGUGGCAGAUAUUGUUGACGAGGUCGAAGCCAUGCUCAUUUGGGGUGAUGUGGAUGGCGACGUUGUUGGUAAUGCAGAAGUUGAUAGCUCCAGCGCUGGUGCUGUUGGAGGCCCUGAAGUCCUCAAGGGUGGAGUCGAGGCAGCAUAUGAAUCUUCCAUGAUCUCAGGAUCUCGAACAGAUUCCACGGCUGUGGACAAUAUCUCCUUGGGCGAAGGAAUCAACGGUAACAAUGUCGGUGCAGACCAUGCAAUGCUCGAGGAAGCUCAUGAACAAGGCCUUGGAGAUCCUCCGAAUGUCGAAAUCUCUUCUACGAACCUGCCAAGCACGCUUGAAGAUGUUGAGAUGUCAUAA